AUGUGCACAUCGGAUUGGAGGAAAUCCAUCAACAUUACACGCAACGGACAGCCGGAGCGUCUUAUGUUCGACGGACCCGUCAAGCGGGUCCCAUAUGUUGCUGGCAGAGCCACAACCUGCUGGAAAGCCCACCAUGAAGGGGACAAGACUAAUGCGCGGCUUGUCAUCAAAGACUUGGAGCAGUAUCUAAAGCGAGGUGAGGAAGGUAAACUUCUCACUGAGGCGACAGAGAAAGAUGUGGUAAACACUGUAAGUCACCUGGGCCCACAAUUCUACUUCCAGCCCGUGUAG